CGCUCGCUCUUGUCGUUCCUCUUUUUUGGUUUUUAUUUCUUCUUGGUUUCUUCUCUCCUUUGUGUUUUUUUUUAGUUAUGGGUAGUGAAGCUGUUGAAAUCUUCUUUCCUUCUGAAGAGAUUUCAAAUGUUCACGAUGAUCUUCACCAGAGUGAUCACAACAAAUGCUGCUGGUUUGAAGAACAGAUCGCUGACUAUCUCAAUUGGUCUUACGCUUUGAACAGUGAACUGCACAAAGGGAGCAGCGAAUACCAAGACAUUGCUCUUUUGGACACAAAGCACUUCGGGAAGAUUUUGGUGAUUGAUGGAAAGAUGCAAAGUGCUGAAACUGAUGAGUUCAUCUACCAUGAAUGCUUGAUUCAUCCACCUCUCUUAUGCCAUCCCAAUCCAAGAACCGUUUUCAUAAUGGGAGGUGGCGAAGGUUCUGCUGCAAGAGAAGCACUGAGACACAAAAAUGUAGAGAGAGUCAUCAUGUGUGAUAUCGAUAAGGAGGUCGUCGAUUUCUGCCGUAAAUAUUUGACGGUAAACCAGAAAGCGUUUAACGACAGGAAGCUUCAUCUUGUAAUCAACGAUGCCAAGGCGGAGUUGGAGUCACGUAAGGAGAAAUUUGAUGUGAUAGUCGGGGACUUGGCAGAUCCAGUUGAAGGAGGACCUUGCUAUCAGCUCUACACUAAAUCAUUCUAUGAAAGCGUGCUGAAGCCAAAGCUCAACGACAAUGGAAUCUUUGUUACUCAAGCAGGACCUGCAGGUGUACUUACCCACAAGGAGGUCUUCUCAUCCAUAUAUAACACCCUGAAACAAGUCUUUAAGUAUGUGCUUGCAUACACAGCUCAUGUGCCAUCUUUUGCAGAUACAUGGGGAUGGGUAAUGGCCUCCGACCAGCCAUUCGAUCUUGAUGCCAAACAAAUUGAUUGUAUGAUUGAAGAAAGAAUUGAUGGGGAGCUACUCUACCUAAAUGGCGCCUUCUUCAUCUCCUCUACUAUCAUGAAUAAGAGUGUUCACCUAUCAUUGCUGAACGAAACACACAUUUAUACAGAAGAAGAUGCAAGGUUCAUCCAUGGCCAUGGGAAGAAUGCUUGCCGUGCUUGAGGUCCCUUUAGUUUCAGUAAGGGGGAAGGAGGGGCAAUCACCUGUAUAGAGGAGAGGAUGCUUGGGAGUUGGGACAGCAAAAUCAAGAUACGAUCCAAGUAAAUACAAAGAAACUAGUUAAUUGUUCAAGAAAAACUUGGAACUUUCAGAAAUACUAGUGGUUCUUUACCAAAUCUUAGUUUCAUGUGCUUGUUGUAUCCUUGUAGGUCUUCAAAUAAAAAUGACCAAUAAAGAUAAAAGAAUUUU